UGCCUAGCCACCAUCACAUGCCUCCCCACUGGAGCUGACCACAGACCAGCAUCUCCACAGCAUGAAUAAUUAGGUAGGCAUAAUGGAAGGCACUCACUGCACCCUCCAGCUGCAUAACCCCAUCGCUGAACUCUGCUAUAUCAGCUUCUAUCUUCCAAGAGGGGAAGUCAGAGGAUUUUCAUACAAGGGCGCUGUAACUCUAGACAGAUCCAAUAACGCUUUCCAUAACUGCUACCAAGUCAGGGAGGGGCCAGACAUCACCAGCCUCAGCCAGCAGCCGAACGAACAUCCAGGAGACAUAUUUUUCAAGCAGACUCCCACAAAAAACAUUCUGACAGAGCUAUACAAGCUCACAGCAGAGAAGGAGCGGCUGCUGGACAGUCUGCUGAGGUCAGACAGCAUCCUCGGCAUUUCGAUGGGGAACCAGGAGGGGAAACUGCAGGAGCUGUCAGUGAGCCUUGACCCCAAGGACGACUAUUUCCAGAGUGUUGGCAACUGGAGCAGAGAACUCCCUGUGAGCUCUCUCAUUACGAGGAGCACCCAAGAGAACAAAAAGCCCCGGAAGUCUGGCAGGAGGAGAGAGAGCCCGGAGGAGCUCUGGCAGAAGAGAACCAGGAGGAAAGGGCGUGGCUGCCAGGAGUCAGCUCUUCAGAUGGGGAAGGACCAGGUCUGUUCCAGUAGCUCCCUUUCUCCUCGAGCUAGGCCUAAUCUCCGGCUCCUAGAAGAAAGAGGAAAUUUACUUCCUCAGGGAACACUUACCUCUUCGCUACGGAGAAGAGAGAGCUGCCCUGCCAACAUCCUCAGGACACCAGACGCAGACCUGGGUUUUGGAAACUCUGGGAGGACCUCAGAGGAUACUGAUCUUGAAGGACCUCUGUCCCCUGACAGCAGCCCCACCCAGGUAGGAGAUGCUGAUAUCGGAGGGCAGCUCAAGAGUUCUCACCAGCAGGAGCCUCCACAACCAAAUCUGUCUGAAAGUCUUAAGAAACAUCCAGGGACAGAGAGGUGGGGCAGCGGGACUCGGAAGUCAAAGUCAUUGGAGCGGACUUGCAGUAAGAAACCUGUUUCCAAAGUGGUGGCCAAGGUCCAGGAACCAUCUGCUCCAGUAAAAAGAAUAGUUAGGGUGCAUCAUGAUGGCAAGGGAAGGGUUGCCUUCUGUCCAGAGACCCAAACUGAGUUUAUCCCAAAAGCUGACUUUCUCACCCUCCCAGGAGGUGAGGCUGAGACUCAUAGUUCCAGGAAGCUGGGGGAGGAGCAGCGAGGGAUCAAGUCAUUGCGGUCCUCAGCCACAGAAAGAGCUUCCAUUACCAAAGAACCAGCCAGCACCGAGGCGGCCGCUGUGAACAAGGUUCUCCGCAAGGUGAUAGAGAGUGAGAAGUUAGACGAAGCCACUGAGGGGAAAAGGUUGGGCUUCUCUCUCAACACAAGAGCCACCCACACUUUCCCAGAAACUAGAACCCAAAGGAAGGCUAGGCUACCGCAGAGUGGCCAUAAAUUCUUGCUUCUGGAUCUGCCCCACACGGUAGGUCCUGAUUCCCCACAACCCAAAUGCAAUGAGAAGAAGCCAACCCCUCAGGCUCCAACAGCCCUUGGCAUGGUAUUUAAUAAUUCAUCGCCUCAGUCCAGCGCACACAAACGGCUGUCACCUGUUCCCUCGCCUCUGUCUCCCAGGUGUCCCAGCCCACAGCAGCACCACAGGAUCCUCCUGCUCCCUCCACUGCCUAGUGAGGGAGAAGCUGUUUUUAAUGAGUACCCUAAUAGAGAGAACGGUGUCUCCUCUGGGUUCCCCUCUGCAGACACCUUGGAGCCAUCAUCUUCUACGAAGGUCACGGAGACCAAAGGAGCCAGCCCGACUUCCCUCAGAGCAAGCCAAACUUGGCUGGUAUCUGAGGAAACUUCCGAAAAAAACUUGGGGCCAGAGAAGAUCACAGCUCCACCCCAGCACCAGUUGCCACCAGGUAUUGCCUCUGAAGGCUUUCCCCAUGACAACUUCAAUGAGCAGACAGCAAAAGACCUUCCCAGUAAGGAUGGAGGGGCUUGGGUCCUGGGUUACAGAGCCGGACCACCCUGUCCAUUUCUGCUCCAUGAAGAGAAAGAAAAGACAAGUAGAAGCGAAUUAUACUUGGAUCUCAACCCUGACCAGAGCCCCACAGAGCAGGACGACAGGACUCCAGGCAGACUCCAAGCUGUCUGGCCACCCCCAAAGACAAAGGACACAGAGGAAAAAGUGGGACUGAAGUACACUGAAGCAGAAUACCAGGCUGCUAUCCUACAUCUGAAGAGGGAACACAAAGAAGAAAUCGAAAACCUGCAGGCUCAGUUUGAACUCAAGACAUUUCACAUCCGGGGUGAGCAUGCAUUAGUAACAGCAAGACUUGAAGAAACCGUUGAAAAUCUCAAGCAGCAGUUAGAAAAGCGCCAGGGAGGAUGUGAGGAGAUGAGAGAUGUAUGUGUUUCCACGGAUGAUGACUACUCUCCAAAGGUCUUCAGAAACGUAUGCAUCCAGACAGACAGAGAGACCUUCCUCAAGCCCUGUGAUGCUGAAAGCAAAACAACCAGAAGCAGCCAGAUAGUACCCAAGAAGCUGAACAUCUCCUUAACCCAGCUCUCUCCCUCAAAAGACAGCAAAGACCUCCAUGCCGCACUCCAGACAAGAGAAGGCAUCUCUUCAUCAAGUCAGCAGAAGUUAUCCCCUCCAGCCCCUCCCACACCACCACCUCUCCCUCUGCCUCCCAUCCCUCCCCCUCCGCCUCUCCCACCUGGACUUGGACCUUUGCCACCAGCACCACCCAUAUCACCUGUGAGUGCUGGGUCACCACUGCCACCUCCGCCACCUCCUCCUCCACCUCCCUUGCCUCCAAGUGCUGGACCACCCCCACCUCCUCCUCCACCACCACUUCCUAAUGUCCUGGCUCUUCCUAACAGUGGAGGUCCUCCUCUUCCUCCUCCUCCUCCUCCUCCCCCACCAGGACUUGCACCCCCACCUCCUCCUGGACUGUCCUUUGGACUCAGCUCUUCUUCCAGCCAGUGUCCUCGUAAACCAGCCAUUGAGCCCAGCUGUCCCAUGAAGCCUUUGUAUUGGACUAGAAUACAAAUAAAUGAUAAGAGCCAAGACGCCACACCAACUUUAUGGGACUCCUUAGAAGAACCUCAUAUUAAGGACACCAGUGAAUUUGAAUAUUUAUUCUCCAAGGACACAACUCAGCAGAAGAAAAAACCCCUAUCAGAGGCCUAUGAGAAGAAGAACAAAGUCAAAAAGAUCAUCAAGUUAUUGGAUGGAAAGCGAUCUCAAACUGUGGGAAUCUUGAUAUCUAGUUUACAUCUAGAAAUGAAGGAUAUUCAACAGGCCAUAUUUAACGUGGAUGACUCUGUGGUUGACCUGGAAACCUUGGCGGCCUUAUAUGAAAAUCGAGCCCAGGAGGAUGAACUGACUAAAAUAAGAAAGUACUAUGAGACAUCCAAAGAAGAAGAUUUGAAGCUGCUGGAUAAACCUGAACAAUUUUUGCAUGAGUUAGCCCAGAUUCCUAAUUUUGCUGAACGUGCCCAGUGCAUAAUCUUCAGGGCUGUAUUUUCUGAGGGUAUCACAUCCUUACAUCGAAAAGUAGAGAUUGUCACACGGGCCUCAAAGGGCCUGUUGCACAUGAAGAGUGUGAAGGAUAUCUUAGCUCUCAUUCUGGCUUUUGGAAAUUAUAUGAAUGGAGGGAACAGGACUCGAGGGCAAGCAGACGGAUAUAGCUUAGAAAUCCUGCCCAAACUCAAGGACGUCAAAAGCCGGGACAAUGGGAUGAAUCUGGUGGACUAUGUUGUGAAGUACUACCUGCGGUACUAUGAUCAGGAAGCUGGAACAGACAAGAGUGUUUUCCCACUGCCUGAACCACAGGAUUUCUUCCUGGCCUCCCAAGUCAAAUUUGAAGACCUCAUAAAGGAUUUGAGAAAACUGAAGCGUCAACUAGAAGCAAGUGAGCAACAGAUGAAGCUGGUGUGCAAGGAGUCCCCACGGGAGUACCUGCAGCCUUUCAAGGACAAACUGGAGGAGUUCUUCAAGAAAGCCAAAAAAGAGCACAGGAUGGAAGAGAGUCACUUGGAGAAUGCACAGAAAAGUUUUGAAACAACAGUGGGAUAUUUUGGAAUGAAGCCAAAGACUGGAGAGAAGGAGGUCACCCCCAGCUAUGUGUUUAUGGUGUGGUUUGAGUUCUGCAGCGACUUCAAGACCAUUUGGAAGCGGGAGAAUAAGAACAUAUCUAAAGAAAGAUUGAAAAUGGCUCAGGCAUCCGUCAGCAAACUGACAUCAGAGAAGAAAGUGGAGACAAAGAAAAUCAAUCCCACUGCUAGUCUGAAAGAAAGACUGCGUCAGAAGGAAGCCAGUGUGGCCACCAACUAAGAUGAAAACUGAAGGAAUAUGUGGCAUGAGAGGCAGCGCCUCACUGCUCCUGCAGACACGAGUGCCAUGGAGAGUUCCUGAAAGAUCAGUUAGGGACAUUUGCGAAUCUCCUUCUGAGGUCAUCUGCAGAAAGUGCCCUGUGCCUUCUUUGAGAAGUCUCUUGUCAAUCCACGGGAACAGUGCAAAACUUUGUAUGGGAAUACUACAGGGAUAUUUAGCUGUUUCCUACAGAAGUCCAAAGUCCACCCAAUAAUAAGAUCAGGAGAUAUACCGUUCUUUUCAUGUUUUAUUUAAAGCAGAAAUUCUAAGCUUUCCAGUGUAUAACCUUGUCAUGGGAAAAGAGGUACAUCUUUUAUGGUGACCCCCGAACGAUCUCAAGCCUUGAUCCUCACACACUAGUUUUUGUAUUGAUCUUAAUUUUUAUCCUGCUGUACCAAGAUCCUAUGCCAUUUUCACCAAAAAAUAUUGAAACUUACCAGAACUGUUUUUGAAGAGUUUAAUGCUGUGUAUCUUCCAGACUAGGGAAAUGAUUUUUGAGGAGAAGAAUGAUGAUGGUGAUGAUGGAGGUGGUGGUGGUGACUAUGGUGAUGAUGAUGAUGAUAAUGACGACGACGACGAUGAUGAUAUAAUGAAUCGGGAAGGAUUAAAAUUCCACGUGGGUGGAGAGAGAAUAAUAACCAUAAACCUUAAUCUGGAGAAGAAGUUAUGACGCCGAAAGUGAACAUCAGCUAUUGAGAUAGGCCCACUCAAUAUGGCUUCCUGGCCAGUAGGGAUUCUCUACCAACUUCUAGUAAAAACGAGGCGAGGACAGACUUGGGUCAAGAGGACCCACUUGAGUAAGGGACCAUGUGGUUUCAAAUCUAUUGUGGACAGCAAAUGAAUGCUAUGCAGACAUGCAGAUGGUGUCUACACUGUAUUCUACAAUUUGUAUCCUGGUCUCUUCCACCACCCCAGCAGUUUCUAGACAGGAGGGCAAAUGCCACUGUCUCCUUCUACCAUGACCUUGAUACACGAGCAUGUGAAUGGAGGUAGCCAGGGGGCAUUUGCUGUACAAAAAAAAAAAUGUAUGAGCAGAGAAGAGAUUUUUACCGUAAUGUGAAAGCAGAAUGUUUAUUUAAUAUUAACCUGUGAAUGGACUAUCAAGGCAGGUAGGGUUUUCUAACUCUGGCCCUUAAAUCAUAGAGAAAAGCCACCUUGCCCCCUUUCCCUCCAUUUUAACCCCUAAACCACCACUAUGUAAACUUCCCUGGUGAGAGAACAAGAAGAGAACUGGGCAUGAACUGGAGAUUGUAUUGAAGACUGUAGUUUUUAAGCCUCGAUGUAAUGACAGACCAUGCUUUCUUGUUGGUGGAGACAGUCUAGAGUUACUCAGAAUCUUGAAGCUUUUGCUGAUCUGAAUACUUCUGGCUGCCAUGUGGAGCCCGCCUCUUGCCUCAGCAACUUUCAAGAACAUUUGAACUUGCCAGAUACCUUAAGCUAUUCCCAGAAUCUGCCCACCAGUCAUCAGCCCCCCACUCCCACUCAGGGACACUCUGAUAAUAGACACAAGCUAAGGAAAGCAGCAUUGUAAUCUGACGUAGUGCAAACCUUUUAAAGCAAGAGUAGCUGGUACCUCAUAAGUCACUGAUGCCAUUUUCAUACAGGUGCUAACUGUCAAAGGAAAGAGCAUGGUCACAUGGUUUAUUUUCCUGAGAAUAAAGGGAUUGGGACAAAAGAGACAAUCAAAUAUGGAACUUAGCUUGACUAGAAUGGCAUGAUGUCACUGUUCUUUUUCUGUGGCUUUUUAGUGUUGUUUCUCAUAAUUCUCACUGUGAGGAAGACCAAGAGACUUAACUAACAAAGCAAAUUCCACUUGCAGACAUCCUUUACUCCGUGGUGCCCUUGUUAGUAUUGAGGUGCAAAAGAGAAAUGCAGUUUUGUUUAUAGCACAGGAUCUCUCAGCAUUCUGUGAGAUCUGCAUAAGCCGAGAUCUUGAUGGAUCCUGUGGGUGGGGUCACAGAAACAGAGGGUUUUCUGUGGUGUUGAUGCUACCUCAGGACUCUGAGAUGCUCAUGAGUCAACUCAGGCAGCACUGUCUCUCCCUUGGUCCUUCAGGACCAUAGCAGACCUUGCAAGCUGUCAGGAAGUAGACCAUACUAGUGCGUGUUGGUUUUUUUUUUUUUUGUUUGUUUUUUUUUUGUGGGGGGACGCUCUUUGUUACCUAACAUCCUAACUCUAUUUUGUAGUGCUUACCUUGCCCCCUUAAAAAGUCAAGAUAAAACCAAUUGGGUUAAGGAUGCCGCAGAGAUGGCUCAACAGUUAGGCUCACAAAGCGUUCUUAUUGAUGGCCUGAGUUUGGAUUCUAGUGCCCAUGCUGAAUGGCUCACAGUCACUUAUAACUCUCUCUGGCAUCCUCUGCUGUCCUCCAUGGGUACCUGCACUCACAUGCACAGAUGCAAACACAGUCAUACACAUAUGCACAUAAUUAAAAAAUAAAAAUGAAUCUUAAAAAAACAAGUAUGGACAGGAUAUGGCAGGAUAGAUGAGGAAAAACCUAAAAGUAUACUUUUGUCCCAAAUAUCUCAUUUUACAAGGUAGUUUAAAUUGUGUUAAAAAUCUCUAGCAAGAAGUACAUAUUUUCUUUAGUUUUUAUUUUCAUUUUCCUUUGCCUAUACUUAUCAAAGGAAAAAAAAUACCAGAAGGUGAUGGGAAAGCCUCUGUUUCCAUAAAUUCAUUAAUAUACAAAUAAGUUCAGUUGUUGAAUCACAAAACAGGGACAUUAUCAAACCCAAAGUGAUAACAGUACUAAAUAAGCAUGUUUUGAUGGCCAGAGGGCAAGGACAAAGAGCCUACCAUCUCCUCCUGAGACUUCAGUUUAUAGCAGACCAUUUUUUACUGUGGAUUUUAAAGGGUCUAGGAUUGUCUUGGGAAGCUUAGUCUACAAAAGAACCACUUAUAUAAUGACGUCAUGUUCUAGAGUUGGAUGUGUCUGUUCUUCUUAUGAAAUCUGCUAAGGGAAGUUUAUAAGUGAGCAGAAUAUUGGAAGACCAUGAUAUGGCAAUUCAUCAUUGAGCUGUAUGGCUUGAGGGAUGCUGCAGCUAAAUAGGGUGGACUGGGCAAAGCAAUAAACUUCCCCACGUGUCAGGUGCUUCACCUGCAUAAGGAAAUCCGCAGACAAGUCUGUUCCCCAACAGAUAGGCCUGUAAAAGAGUGGAUUAAGUUUUAGCUCUCACAAAAGACAGAUAACCUUGGAUAUGUCUUCAUCUUCUAGCUAUAGAAAAUGACAAUCCAGCUGCUUAGAAGUUGUGGCCAGUACAGAAUUGACUUAAAGCACCUCCGAAAACUCAACUCAACAUCUCUUCCCCAUUGGACUUAACCCAAGUGUUCUUAAUGCUGGUGGCAAUUGGUUCUGGGCACAACCAGACUUAGUUACACAGCUGUAUGAGACCAAGAGUCACAUUUUGUGUCACGCCUGCUUUCCUGUCAGCUGUUGACACCUUGUUAGGCGCUCUCGUUAUUACUUUCUCCACUCUACACUUCUCUUCUCAAGGAUGGGCAAUCUACUAGACUCCCUCAAGAUAACUCUUUGCCAGGAAGUGGUGAAUUUAAAAGUUGAAGCAUGUUUCAUGCAAAGCCAGUUCAGUGGCCUUAUUUGUUUCAAGACAAUGACUUAUAUCACAUUGUGGGAGUCUGAAUACUUAACAGCUUCCUUGGAAACAUGGAGACAUUAACAUGGUAGCUCACUGACUGGGUCUCUUCAGCUGUCAAAAGACUAUGAGAAAAGCAAAAGAAGCCACAUGCUGUCCUUAAGCAGAAUGUACUGGUCUGUAUUCCCCACUCCAUCUCAGGCCAACUCCAAGCACCCUCUGGCUGACCAGUGCCAGUGAGCUCCGUUUAUUUCUCUGCCUUUCUCUUUUCUUCAGUCUAUAGCCUGCAGGAACCCUACACGUUAUUCCAUAUUUUUGCUAUCAAGAUUCUUGGUCUAGAAGAGACUGAGCUAACCUCAGCUUGUUUGUUUGUUUGCUUGCCUUUAAGGAACAGAUCAAUCCUACAUUCUCCACCAUAGACUGUAUACUUCAUACCACAAGCUCCAUCUGUCCUCAGAUAGUUGUCUGAUUUUAGUCUUAAGUAUACAGGGAAUCCUCUGGGGGCCGAUCCAACUGCUUCUGUGGUUCCACGGUAUUUUUCAUCGUUCAUGUGAAACAGGAUAGCACUAGGCUGCCAAAGCACAAAUGAGUCAGUAGGCUCGGGCAGAAAUGAACAUCCUUAAGGAUUUGACAGGGAAUAAACAGGCUCUAGCACAUUAAGGAUGUGACCUAGGCUGGGUGUUACUUUAAAAUGCCCUGUGCUCUCCACCUCUAAGAGAAGGUUCAUCUAAUAAAUACAUGCGUUUCCAGUGUGUUAUCUUAUGUCAAGGAAGAAAUCAAGUAUGGAUCAGCUUAGGUUUACCAGACUCAUACCUGCUCUCCUCCACUGUUCUCUUCCAGGCCUUUUUUUUUCCAUCUUACAAAGCAAGAUAUUUUUAAUUGUUCACCUUAAUUGGAUUUCCAAGUCCGUACUUCUCAAACAAACCACCAGCCCCAUAGGCCACUGAGCACCGAGGGAGGUUACUCUGUCUCCUCAUAGCAUCACUAAUAGAUGUUCAAAAGUGAGCAAUUCUGGGAAUCCAUGGAGUGGAUUUUAAUGUAGUUUUAUGUCCAUGGUAUAGGAAAAGGCGCAGUCGUCAUGUACCAAUUGUACUGCUUUUCCAUUGAAGGGCCAAAAGGCAUUUAGUGUACAUGGUAGGUAUGUUUUGUAAACUACAAAUACCUUUUUUCCUCUUUUAAAAAAAAGAUAUAUUCAUUUUUUAUUUUAUGUGUAUGACUGUUUGCCUACAUGUAUGUAUAUGCACCAUCUGUGUGCCUGGUGUCUGUAGAAGCCAGAAGGAAGCUAUUAGAUCUCCUUGGUCUGGAGUUCCACACAGUUGUAAGCUGCCAUGUGAGUGCUAGGAACAAACUUGUAUCCUCUGCAAGAGCUAUGAGAACUGCUAACCCCUGGACAUUUCUCCAGCCCCCUUCCCCUGUCAUAUAUCUCUAUAUAUAGUCUAAGUUUGUCAUAUCUGACCAUUAGUCUCUAGUGGUUCUGCACAGGUUUUAGAAGGCAUUCACUACUCUUGGAAACAAACCCAUGAAUGAGAAAGAAACUCCGAAAGUGUUGUAUCAGCAGUGAUUCAAAGAGGAUUUGUGGGGAAGAAAAUUAAAUGUGUGGGUUUCUUCCAAAAAUUGUUAAUUUUUCUAAUUCUAUUUUACAACUUGCUGAGACACAAAUACUGUGCUUCUCCUGUCCUACUGAACACUGGGUGUGUAAUCUUUGAGGACUAUGUUCUUUUAGGAAAAAUAAUUUCUCUUUAAGGAAGCAAUCUAAGAUACUCUCUGAAAGGCAGAAAGUUUACAAAUUAGACACUGGAUAUUUUUAAAGAACAUUUAGUGGAAGCAUGUCAUCAAUUCAUCACAGGCUUUUCCUGUCUUUGAAUUAUAAUCCAGACUACUGUGGGAAGCAGUCUCCCUGGACUUUGAUUUAGGGAUCGUGUUUUGGCCUGGAAAAUAAGCAUUGGCCUGCAUGUCCAGAAGCUCCCUGAAAUCAGUUAGCAUCCUAAUACAAGUCAGAUGCUGCAGAAAUGUAAGUCAUUUAUGGUUUGACUUGGUUUGGUUUUCCUUAGCACCACCUGGGAUCAUGGAGGCUACUUCCUUAGAUUCAUGUGACCUUUGCAGUGUUUCCUGUUCACCUUCUGAGACGGGGAAACUAGGAAACAGGAAGGAAGAAAAAGUAAAUAAAUCCAGUGUGGUGUUUUGCACAACUUUUGCCAUGAUAGUACCAGAGACAGGUUUUAAUAGAAAUUUAAGUCAUUUAUAUUAUGAAGAUAGUAGUGUCCACAUGUUGUUAUAACUCAAUGACAGACUCUGCUGCACAAAUAAAUACUCCACUGACACUGGCCUAUGCUUAGCUGAGUAACUUCCAGCUUCAGAUUCUGCUACAAGUGUCACUUGCCCAAGGACCUUACUGUUUGUUCUAAGCAUCUCAGCACCUAGUGUCAUCCAGUGUUCCUCCAUUCAUACUUUGUCUUCAGCUUCCCUUUCCUCACAUACCACAGCCCUUCUCUCCCGAAGGUAACCUUUGCAGCUUCUACUGGACCCAGAUACCCUUUACCUCUGCAGCAUAGACACCAAAUGUCCUGUAGUCUUCUCCACCCUGUGCUCCACCAUUCAGUGUUUGGACAGAGCACCACUGUCACCAAGGAGCCUGUGUGAGACAUUGCUGAGACUGCCUCUUGUUAAUGUCACCAUCACCUCAUCACUCAGGCAAAGAGGAAAAUCCAUAAAAGAGGUGGAAAAUGCAUUUUGUUUUUUCAUUUUUUUCUACUUUAUUAAAAAAGUUGGGUGUUCUAGUUCUUGGUUUCUCAUAGUUUUUAAACUAUCUAAUUAGAGAACACUUUUGCUCCAUGGUAGCAGAUCACCAGCCAUGACAAGGCUCAAUCUAGGACUCUCAGCUUCCUACGCUGCUGGACACAUUGACCUCUGUGCAAACAUUAUGAAUUGUAAGACUUCUUAUUGCCACUCCAUUCUUGCUACUGCUCAUGAUUCAAACAUCUACCACAAUCUGAAUUGGGAUGUUGACAUUUUGUGGUUAUUUUCAGAUUAAUAGUAACCGUUAUGCUCUUAAAAAGCACUCAUAGAAAGUGUAAUCAUGUCCUGAAUAGUUGACUAUUCUGUCAUAGUAAAACACAGCCUUUCUGUUCAAAUAUUAUUCCAAUUUGUAGGUGGAAAAUUAACCAAUAAAAUAAAGACAGCUUUGGAAAAGAAAAGGCACUUUAAAAACAUGAGACCUUGUAUUACAUGCUUGUGGAUGUUUUUAAGCAUAAUAAGCUAACUGGAUUUGGGUAUAUUCCCUUUAAGUUAAAAAUAAUAUGUAUUUCUAAUUUGCAUAUUUAAUUUUGUCAACACAGAGAAAUGUUCAUGGGUUGAAUUUGUAAAUUUAAUUUGCAACCAAAUGAAGUAUUUAUUUUCAAAAAGAAAAGGUGGAGGAACCAACAUCAACUUGUACAUAAUGAAAAUAUGUAUGUAUAUAUUUUUUCCUUCUUGACACUACUUGAUCAUUAUAUCAAGUGUAUUUUUGUACAUAAUAUAUAUUGGUUAGAAAAAAUUUAGAUUGUCUAUUGAAAGAUAUUCUAUCGCUGUGAUAGAUUAUAUUUAUCCUAAUCUAUUGAUAUUCUGUUGAUUUGUUUUAAGAGAUAGGGCUCUAUUUUUUGAACUGCCAGAGAAUUGCAUUCAUCGCUUCCACUUGUAAAUAUGCUAAGGGUAUUUUAAUAAAUCUUGGUUUCAUGUCUG